UUUUUUUCUAUGGCUUGUUUUGGAAAACGUCUAGGUUCUAGUGUAUUGGGACGAACAUUAGGAGAUUUAUUUACUCUUUACAAGAUGUCUAUCAAAUUGAAUUAAGGUCAUUUGAGUACCUGGAGCAUGACUGACAAAUUGUGUGAUAUGAAUAGAACUACGGCGAUGGAGGACCAAACGACAUAUUGUAAGAAACCAGGCAAAGAAGAACCACAACCAGUGAGGUCUGAAACAGGAGUAUCGGUAAACAUGGCAGAAAGUGAAGUUGGUAACUUAAAUGUCAGCGCUGUUGUUCACAGCAAAAAUGACUCUUUAUAAGAUGUCUAUCAAAUUGAAUUAAGGUCAUUUGAGUACCUGGAGCAUGACUGACAAAUUGUGUGAUAUGAAUAGAACUGCGGCGAUGGAGGACCAAACGACAUAUUGUAAGAAACCAGGCAAAGAAGAUCCACAACCAGUGAGGUCUGAAACAGGAGUAUCGGUAAACAUGGCAGAGAGUGAAGUUGGUAACUUAAAUGUCAGCGCUGUUGUUCACAGCAAAAAUGAUCCACAGUCAGAGACAACAGGAGCUAAAUUUCACAUGGAUAGUGGUGCUUCGAUCAACCAACUUAAUAUGACAAUUUACCAGCACACAUAUGGUCACCCUUCUGCUCUCACCGAAGUAGAACUUUUUAGGUGUCGUGAUGAUUUAAGAAGUUACUACAAAACAAAUUGCAAAAUCCGACUUCUUCCUUGGUUAAAGAGAGAUCCUCGCAACCGAUUGGAAAUGAAGGAUUUAUUCAUUAAUCUUUAUCUUUUAUAUGAAAUGCCAAAUGCUUUUGAUAUAGAAGUCCGCAUCAAUAAGUAUUCAGAUGUAUUUCCAUUAACGCCUGGAGAAGGGAUGCGGACCAUUAUUCGAGGAAAAGCCGGUGCAGGAAAAACAACCUUACUCGAAAAACUUGCACUAGAAUGGGCCGAGGGAAGCCUCCCACCUACCUACAGCGAUAAACCGCUAUUAUUUUUGUUAAAAAUGAAACAUAUUACAAGCAAUGAUACCUUGGUUGAUGCCGUCUUUCGUCAAGGACUAUUUGGACGUAAUAUUCAGAAACUCAAGUCUAAGCUUAACGUUUUUAUCGAGGAUAAUCCAAAGAAGAUUAUUCUACUGCUCGACGCAGUAGAUGAGUAUAGUGGGUAUGGCAGUAAUGGACAGCUUGACAGCAUCAUUCAUAACGAUUCAAUGAAGUGUGCUUUUGUUAUUGUGACGACCCGGCCGUGGAGAGCUUUUGAAAUUCUCGACAGGUCGCCAGACACGUACAGCAGUCGGAAUUAUGAAGUGAAGGGAUACUCUCAGGAGCAAGUUAGGGGAUAUGUAAGUCGUUUUUUUGAGAAGAAAUCUGAAAUGGGCGAGUGUUUGCUGAAGCAACUAAAAGAAACAGGUCUUGAUACAGGCAUUGCUACCAUACCGAUUAUGUGUAUGCUUAUAUGUGCUCUAUUUCGUAAACGUAAAUCUCUUCCCAAGACAAUGAGUAAGAUAUAUAAAGCGUUAUAUGAUUACUUUAUCCAACACUAUGAUGAAGACAAAAAUGACUCUACAAAAGUGUGUAAAAAUGAACAACUGGACACCUUUAAGAAACUCGGUAAACUUGCUUUCAGUGGCCUAAUGCAAAAUAAGUUGAUAUUUGAAAAAAACGAAUUUGUCGACGUCAAUCUAUUAAGUAAUGCAUAUAAGAUGGGACUGGUUUUACAAUCCAAUCCUAAUAUUAUGUCAGACAAUGAUGCAGAGACUAAAACACCGGUAUCGGAGGAAGGGGAAGAGAGCGAUUAUUACGAUUUUUUCCAUAAAACAUUCCAAGAAUGGUUUGGUGCACGAUACUUAGCAGAUAAAGAUAUCGUUGCAUUUAAACAUUUAUGUGAGCCUGUGUUUACUGACAUCAACUCGUGCCUUGACAAAGAACUGCUCCUUGUUUUUUUGAGUGGAGAAAACUGUAAGGUUGCAGGAUUGGUUACCAGUGAGCUCGUCCGUGUUUUGCUCAAUUGUCCAUAUUUAGGAGACUAUAAUGAAAACAAGUUAGCUUUACAGAAAACAAGGUCUAUGCAAGAGUUCAUUGAACUAGUUUUAAAGUGUAAUAGAGAGAGUCAAUCUCAAGGGUCUUUAAAUGAUUUACUAAACAAAGUAUUUGAGAAACAGUGCUGUGCGCGAUUUACAAACAUUACUACUAGUACCCUUCAAGCAAUAACAUAUAUGCUCAAGUUUGGAGGUGCGACAAACAACUGUGAAAGCCAGAACGAGUCUUCAAGCGCUGACUGCAUGUCUACUUUUAAAUUGCGUAUUGAAGACCUCAAGAUUAGCUGUUUUAGAGCAGAGACCAAUGGUGAUAUUGAUAAUUUGUGGGGAGAAUUCCAUGCAGUUGGUGAACAACACAAAGAAAAAUGUAAAAAUCUGUCUAUCCUACCCAAUUAUAAGCUUCAGUCGUAUUUAGAAGAGGUAAAGGACGAUUUGCCAGAGGGUGUACAACAUCUACCACUGGCUCACAAGCUUGCCUUCGCAGACACGUGCAAGUUUAUACAAAAAUGGAAGGGAGACUACACUUACAUGGGGUGUGUAGUAGAAAACAUAUGUUUCUCUGAAAUAACAAAUUUGACAAUUAACGGCAUAGAUAUGUCAGACCAUUGUGAGAUACUUUGUAAAAAUCUAGAAAACAUGAAAUCACUCAAGAAAGUGGAUCUGUGUUCUACGUCAUUGAAAGUGAUGCACUGCAGAUACAUUGGCAAAAUGCUAGAGUCGCUACCAUGCUUAUGUGUAUUGAAUCUUUACGAAAACAUGCUAGAAGAUGUACGUGAGAUCGUACAACGACUGGAAUACAUACGAUGCCUAACUAGAUUAGAUUUGGACGUCACCAAUCUGACGACAGAAAGCAUCGCUGCUCUUGCUCAGAAUCUAAAAUGGGUGAAAAAUCUGGAAAGAUUAUACAUACGUUCUAGUUCCUUGGAGAAUAGUGUGGUGGAUGAUUUAGUGAACGGCUUAAAUGAGAUUUGCGACCUUAGACGUCUGAGUAUUACGCUAGGAGACGAGCUGUCAUAUGAAAACAUUAACAUUCUUGUCAAAUGUUUAAGUAAGAUUAGAAACCUCGAGCUUGCAUACAUAGACGGUUUGUUUUCACCGAUGAUAAACAAAGUGUUUCAGUUGUUAGUUACAGAUCUUCUGCCACACCUAAAAAAGUUAAAAUCCUUACGGCUUCAAGGUAGAUAUGGCUUAUCUGUCAAGGAAACAAAGCGUUAUGGUAUAAGCAAUGCAACCGCUAAAUUGUUAGCUACAAAGCUCAAUACAGGUAGUCUUCCUAAUUUAAUGGUACUACGAUUGACCUAUUUAUGGAUAGAAGAGGAGGGACUAGAAGCAAUAAGCAGUGGGGUCAGACGUCGCAAACAAGAGAACAAGAGUUUUCAGUUUGAGUUGUACCCCAACGACAAUAAUUCUGUGUAUGUACCUCAAGCCGUUCUUUUAACUAAUCUGAACACUGACGCAAAGAAAGAUUGCAACGCUACAAAGGAACCCAGUUACUAAGUGGAGCUGUCACACCGUAGGGCCUCGGUUUUGACUAUCUUGGUUGAUUAUAUCUCUUCUAUUGUCUCUUCGGAGAGUUGGAUUAGGACUGAUAACAAAAGAGGAGGAAUAUGAAAUGAUUAGAAAUACAGGGUAUUUAACUUAGCCAAAGUCUGGAAUCUCACACCUGAUACAAGUGAGCUGAAGGCAAACGGACAUGGUCGCUAUGCCAGUCUUGGAUUUGGCACAAGAAAAUUCGAAGGCAGAGUUAUGACGGGAGUUCUGUAAUAACGGAUGAAAGGGUGGUAUUUAUCAUCAAAUUACGUACAACAGUCGGAUUCUAUUGUCGCAAACGCCAUUAGUUUACUGUUGACAAACUCACCCAGAUGGUGAAGGAUGCUGUCUCUGGAAAUGUCAAAAGCAUUUGAAUUUGGAACACUCGUAGAAUUGUUCAUUUUUUUUAUGAAACUGGGCAGAUGGGCAGAAGUAAUACAACGGAGAAUGUUCAAAGGACAAAGUUCAGGCAAGAAGAAUGUUAAGGCAAUGAGAAUGAUCGGACAAACUCAAACUUAAAAGAACUAUGGCCAGUGGGGUUAAGGCCAGGGUAAUCAACUAAGAGCAAAGUGGGGUUCAGAGGCCUAAAGCGUGCUUCUUUAAGUUAAAUUUACCUUAACGUCGACUCCGUCUUAGAAAGUACCAGGAUUAAUCACACCAGGAUUAAUCACCACGCUGUUUUUGUAUUU